GGGAGGAGAGGAGAACUUAGAGAAGGAAGGCGGCGGGUAUCAGGGCUAUGAGUGCUUUUAAGGAAGGUCUCCAUAGAAGGUUCCCCCAGCAAAGUAGGGAAGGGCACUCCCCGAGAGGAGUCGAGGUGCCGGGGCCUGCUGCCUCGCCGACGCUGGGAGGAGCCCCGCGUCCCGCCGCGCUUGCCAAGGGUUGGCUGCGCUUGCGGCGGGAGUAGAGGCGCCUUGCGCACCAGGAAGUGACUGUUUCCCCGCCGCAGCAAACCAGGCCAUCCGCUGGCCUUUUAGUUUGCCGCCUCGGGUUUGUAAGAGGAUUUACUGGUUACGAAGGAAGGUGGAUUUCAGUGUGUUCUUUGGAUGGCAGGCCUUAAGAGAAGAGUCCCAAUGCACAGCCUCAGAUACUUCAUCUCCAUGGUGGGUCUCUUCUCCAAAUCAGGACUGCUUCCCUGGUAUGCCAGAAAUCCACCAGGAUGGUCACAGCUCUUUCUGGGCACAGUAUGUAAGGGAGAUUUCACCCAUGUGAUAGCCACGAAGUGUCAGAAAGGACAAAAAAGUCAGAAGAAACCAAGUCAUCUUGGACCACUAGAUGGUUCCUGGCAGGAAAGGCUGGCCGAUGUUGUUACACCACUCUGGAGGUUGAGCUAUGAAGAACAGCUCAAGCACUGUCCCAUCAAGGUUACCGAAAUAAGCUACACCUUCUCUGUAAACCGAAAGGGUCCAGAUGGCAAUCCAAAGACGUGGGGGUACUCCUGGGAAAACUUGGAAGAGGUUCAGUUGAAGUUUGUACAUAACCAAGACCUGAAGAGGAUGAAAAGGGCGCAGAAAGUGUCAGUAGAAGGAGGAAAAAACGAUGGGAACAUUGUCUGCGUGCGGUCUAAUAAUCUGAAAAACAUCCCUGAGAAACACAGUCAAGUGGCACAGUACUAUGAAGUAUUCCUUCGACAGUCUCCAUUGGAGCCCUGCCUUGUAUUUCAUGAAGGUGGAUACUGGCGUGAGCUCAUAGUCCGCACCAAUAGCCAAGGGCACACAAUGGCUAUCAUCACUUUCCAUCCCCAGAAAUUAAGUCAGGAGGAGCUCCAUGUUCAGAAGGAGACUGUAAAGGAAUUUUUCAUCAGAGGUCCUGGAGCAGCCUGUGACUUGACCUCACUUUACUUCCAGGAAAGUACCAUGACCCGUUGUAGCCAUCAGCAGUCUCCCUAUCAGCUUCUGUUUGGGGAACCCUACAUCUUUGAAGAACUUCUGAGCUUGAAGAUCCGCAUCUCUCCAGAUGCCUUUUUCCAGAUUAACACUGCUGGUGCAGAGAUGCUGUAUCGGACUGUGGGGGAGCUGACUGGAGUGAACUCUGACACCAUCCUUCUUGACAUCUGCUGUGGAACUGGUGUGAUUGGCCUCUCUCUGGCUCAGCAUACAUCUCAGGUCCUCGGGAUUGAAUUGGUGGAGCAGGCAGUGGAGGAUGCAAGAUGGACUGCAGCCUUCAAUGGCAUCACCAACUCUGAAUUUCACACUGGUCGAGCAGAGAAGAUUUUGCCAGGGCUACUAAAGUCAAAGGAAGAUGGACAGUCAGUUGUUGCUGUGGUGAACCCAGCCCGUGCCGGACUGCAUUACAAGGUGAUUCAAGCCAUUCGAAACUGCAGGGCCAUCCGCACACUAGUUUUUGUUUCCUGCAAGCUCCAUGGUGAAUCCACUAGGAAUGUCAUUGAGCUGUGCUGUCCUCCAGACCCUGCUAAGAAGCUCUUAGGCGAGCCCUUUGUCCUACAGCAAGCUGUCCCUGUGGAUUUGUUCCCCCACACCCCACACUGUGAGCUGGUGCUCCUCUUCACUCGAUAAGCAGCCUCCUAGAAGACUGCAGGCUAUUUGUUAAGGCUGAAGUUUCAGAAACUUUCAGGUUUGGCAUAUUGCUACAUUGCAGACCCCGGGAGCAUUACAGUGGAAACCAACCUUUGGUUUGUGAAUAGGAAGAAUGUAGUAGGCCUCUGGUCUGAGGCAGACUUUUUUUUUUUUUUUUGAGAUGGAGUCUCAUUCUUGCCCAGGCUGAGUGUUGUGGCAUGAUCUUGGCUCACUGCAACCUCCGCCUCCCGGGUUCAAGUGAUUCUCGUGCCUCAGCUUCCCCAGUAGCUAGGAUUACAGGUGCGUGCCACCAUGCCUGGCUAAUUUUUGUAUUUUUAGUAGAGACGGGGUUUUACCAUGUUGGCCAGGCUGGUCCCAAACUCCUGACCUCAAGUGAUCCACCCGCCUUGGCCUCCCAAAGUACUGGGAUUAUAAGCGUGAGCCACCGCACCCUCUCAAGGCAGACUUAACCUUAGUUUUCAGAUUCCCUUUCAAUCAUGCCCGUUUGCUUGGGUUUGACCACCCCCCACUCCUGGUUCUGUACUGUUUCUUCCUAUUGCUGUCAGCCUUGGUUUUAGUUUAUAGUCUUGUCUCCUCCAUUUGAUUCUGCUUAUGGUGUGGACAAAUGACCCUUUUUUAGCAGCUGGUAAUAAUUUUACAUUGACUGGAGCCUGUGCAUUUGCUCAGAGAUGCUACAAUUUUUAGAUAUUUCUAAGACUUCUGGAUUCAUGAGGUAGUUAAGGAUUAAAACCAGACACAGUCGAGGUUUUUUAAAGGAGAGUAAGCCAUGAAGUGAAUACCGGGUGACUGAUCAUUAGAUGAGAUUCUUUCGGGUUUUCUUGGUUUUAAGGCAUCUCGAAUGCCCCUUGAAAAUGUAGUUAUCACUGGUGGUGGGCACCUGUAAUCCCAGCUAUUUGGGAGGCUGAGGCAGGAUAAUUGCUUGAACCUGGGAGGUGGGGGUUGCAGUGAGCCGAAAUCACGCCACUACACUCCAGCCUGGGUGACAGAGCAAGACACCAUCUCAAAAAAAAGAAAAGAAAAUGUAGUUGUCCCUAGGAGCAAUAGCACCAAUUAACUCUCACCAAUGGAGGAAGAAUUGGUUAUUGGAGAGACCCUAAGGGAAAGGAAAUUUUCAAAGAGACUGAAUACCUAUAACUGUGCUGUGUAGUGUGGAGGCAAAAGCUCCAAAAUCUAAUAUAGCAUAAUAAACUGGAUAUUGAAAACUGACU